AUGGCAGCCCAUCAGGAGAAAAAAACUGAAGAAAGAAAACGCAAAAGUACCCACAAUGAUACUCAAACCCAGUGGGGAAGAGCAUGGGAGGUGGAUUGGUUUUCCUUGGCCAGCAUCCUUUUCCUGCUCAUGUUUGCACCACUUAUCGUGUAUUACUUCAUCAUGUCCUGUGACCAGUACCAGUGUUCUCUGGCUGAUCCAGUGAUUGACUUGCUCACGGGCAAUAAACAUCUGUCUGACAUCUGGAACAAGACUCCUACACUGAGCUAUAGGGCUGCUGGCAUCUAUACCCUUUGGGUCACUUUCCAGGUGGUUUUGUAUAUGUUCAUUCCUGACUUCUGCCAUAAAUUUCUUCCUGGCUAUGUAGGAGGUGUACAAGAAGGUGCUGUCACCCCUGCUGGUGUAGUGAAUAAGUAUCAAAUCAAUGGUCUUCAGGCCUGGAUCAUUACCCAUGUGCUUUGGUUUGCAAAUGCCUAUUACUUCCACUGGUUCUCACCCACCAUCAUCUUUGACAACUGGAUUCCUCUCCUGUGGUGUGCCAAUAUCCUGGGAUAUGUAGUUUCCACAUUUGCAAUGAUCAAAGGCUACUUUUUCCCUACCAAUGCCAAAGACUGCAAAUUCACUGGCAAUUUCUUCUAUGACUACAUGAUGGGGAUCGAAUUUAACCCUCGAAUAGGGAAGUGGUUUGAUUUCAAGCUGUUCUUCAAUGGACGCCCUGGUAUUGUAGCCUGGACUCUGAUCAACCUUUCCUAUGCUGCUAAACAACAGGAGCUGUAUGGUCAAGUAACCAACUCCAUGAUCCUUGUCAAUGUCCUUCAGGGGAUUUAUGUUCUGGACUUCUUCUGGAAUGAAGCCUGGUAUUUGAAAACCAUUGACAUUUGCCAUGAUCACUUUGGAUGGUACUUGGGUUGGGGAGACUGCGUUUGGUUGCCUUACCUCUACACUUUGCAGGGUUUGUAUUUGGUUUACCACCCUGUACAGCUGUGCACAGCUAAUGCCAUGGGGAUCUUGAUACUGGGCUUGAUUGGCUACUACAUCUUCAGAAUGACCAACCACCAGAAGGACCUCUUCCGUCGUACGAAUGGCAACUGCAAGAUCUGGGGCAAGAAGCCUGAGUACAUUGAGUGCUCCUACAUGUCUGUGGAUGGGACCAAGUUCUACAGCAAGCUCAUGACCUCAGGCUUCUGGGGGUGGGCACGCCACUUCAACUACACAGGAGAUUUGAUGGGCUCCCUGGCCUACUGCCUGGCUUGUGGGUUUGAACACCUCCUGCCUUACUUCUACAUCAUUUACAUGACUAUCCUGCUGACCCACCGCUGCCUUAGGGAUGAGCACCGUUGUCUCAGCAAAUAUGGGAAGGACUGGAAGCGCUACACGGCUGCUGUGCCUUACCGCCUCCUGCCAGGGGUAUUUUAA